AUUAUUAUUUCCAAUCCAUAAAUAUCCAUCACUCUCUAAUCCCUUCACUCAAUUCUUUGCGUCUCCUCUUGCGGCGCCCCGAAACUGCAACAAACUUUUAUUCAGACAACAAUUCGAGCUAUUUGCCUCGGUUUUUUUGGAGCCCGGAAUACUGUAAUUGAUAUAUUAUUACAUACACCAAAUAUGAUUACAUACGAGCAAGAUCCAGAUGUUGUUCGUUGGGGGCUUCAACUUUUCGACGGAGACCCGUAUUCUAACUGCGGAUACUGUGGGUCCCAUGCGCAACAUAAUACAGACUGCUAUCCAGGGCAUUACCUAAAAGGAUAUCAGUUCGAAGCUGACUCAAGUUAUGCCGUUGAGAAUAACGACAUCAGCAUAAAUUCUCUUCACGAGGAACUAUCUCAACUUUCAGUAAAUGAACCGAUCAAGUCUUUCCAAGAAGGGGUGGAACACCUACAAACUUCAUUCGGCCCCCACGAUUGGUUUCCACACUCGUUGGAAAAUUACGGUUAUGUUAAUGAAGGAAAUGAGAAUCGGAUUGAAGAAGAAACUGAUUUGGGAAUUUCUGCUUCGAGUUCUAGCCCGGGAGAUGAGUCGUAUUGCGAGGAGGAAUGGUCGUAUUCGUUAGAAUUAAUGGAUGGGUAUGCUUUUGAUGGAGAAGUCGGCAAACGAUUGAACCAAAUGGUUUCUAUUCCUCAUAUUCCAAAAAUUAACGGUGAAAUACCCUCCAUCGACGAAGCAAGUUUAGAUCAUCAAAGGCUUUUGGACAGAUUAAAGGUGUACGAGCUCGUCGAAUUCAAGGUUCAAGGUGAUGGUAACUGCCAGUUUCGAGCACUGUCAGACCAGUUUUAUCGUACUCCAGAGCAUCACAAAUUUGUCAGACAACAAAUUGUAAAUCAGCUUAGGUCUUGCCCAGAGAUAUACGAAGGAUAUGUACCUAUGGCUUACGACCAAUAUCUGGCAAAAAUGUCCAAGAACGGAGAGUGGGGAGAUCACGUCACUUUACAAGCUGCUGCUGAUUCUUAUGGCAUAAAAAUAUUUGUCAUUACAUCGUUUAAGGAUACCUGUUACAUUGAGAUUCUGCCAAGCAUUCAAAAGUCCGAACGAGUUAUUUCUCUGAGCUUUUGGGCUGAGGUUCAUUACAACUCGAUAUAUCCCGAAGGAGAUUGCCCAACAUUUCGGACAAAAAAGAAGAAGCGAUGGCAGGCUGCUCAACACGAACACGUGGAAUUACCAGACGACUAUAAUUAAUUAAUUAAAGAACGGUCACUUGUAUGCAGGGAUGCACCGCCAAAUCUUCAUCAUACUCCAAAAGUGUCGAUUAUUUUCUCAACUGGUGAAACUAUAUCUGAUUCUUUCCGAAUGAAAUAAAUCUCGAAACACGAAAUAUUUAUCCUCCAUUUUUUUGCUCUCAUCGUUGUCCAGAACAUUAAUUAUGUAUGCCUCUUCGGAAAAUCUUUCAGAUUGUUUUGAUCCAUGAAAAAACUAUUUACUGUGUUAUUGAGGCUGCUGCCUUGGUUACCGUAAAUCACGGCCCGUUUUUUGCCA